AUGCAGUCGAUCAUUACUAUUGCAGGCUUGGCCUUUGCCAACCUUGCUGUCGCUGGACCUUGCAAGCCCCUUCCCCAGACAACUGUCUCAUCUGUGGCCAUCAUUCCCACCACCACGGCUGAGCCGACUCUUGUUACCGCUACAGUUGUGCCUGUCCCUACCAGCGCGGAGUCUUCUACCAUCAUCUCUGAGAGCGAGACUGGGCAUGAGUCUAGCACAUUCGUUGAGAGCUCCACUCUUGCCACUGUUGUGAUCCAAGAGACUACCACUGCUGCCGACACCAGUGCUGCCGAGACUAGUGCUGCUGAGACCAGCGCCACUGAGGCUGGUACCACCACCGCCGAGGUUGAGACAUCUGGCACCGCAACCACCACCGAGACUGCUCUCCCUACUGCUGACCAGUCUUGCGAUAACGGUGGCCUGGACUAUGCCAUCUACACGCAUCAGUUCUACAACGCUGAUGCGCCUCGCUUCUCAGACUUUGACCCCACUUUCUUCCAUGAUGCUACCCCCACUUACAAAGGCGUCACUGAGCGUAUCGGUAUUCAGCCCGACACUGACUGGACCAAGCCCUUCACUAUCUACGAGGGCAGCCCCGAACAGAUGUUCCAGUACAAGGCCGUCAACCACCGUGGUUUCCUCUACGCUCCCGAGACCGGUAUCUACGAAGUCACCAUCCCCAACUCUGACGAGAUCACACUUGUUUGGUUCGGCAACAAGGCCUUGUCAUCUUGGACACGUGACAACGCCGAUCUCGAGCAGGAUUACCCUGGUGGCACUUCCAAGACCUUUGAGCUUGAGCUCGAGGCUGGCACUUACACUCCCUUCCGUCUACUGUGGGCCAAUGCUCAGGGCGAGCUGAACUUUAUCGCCGAAGUCAAGGCUCCUGGCGGCAAGGUUAUCGUUAACGGCGACGGUGGAGACAACAAGUACUUUGUCCGAUACGAUUGUGGAAGAACCACCCCAACCUUCCCCGAUUUUUAG